AUGGCCCAGCUGGUGACAGAGACCACAGCUGAACAGCAGAAGAAACAGCAGCAGCAGCAGCAGCAGCAGCAACAUUCUGAAACCUCCACCAUGUUCAAGAGAGUAAAGUCUAAGGUCAUCAGAUGGGUCUCCUACUUCUCUGGAGACAUGGAGGCGUUUGGGAACUGGAUGAAAGGUCAGUUCUUCCUCCUUCAGCUCCUGGAUUGGGUGCUUCGAGGAGCAGCCCAGGUGAUGUUUGUCAACAACCCCCUCAGUGGGCUAAUCAUUUUUGCUGGACUCAUCCUCCAGAACAGGUGGUGGGCACUCAAUGGUUUUGUGGGUACUCUGGCUGCAACAGUAGGAGCCCUCAUUCUCAAACAAAACAGAGGGGCGAUUGCAGCUGGUCUCUAUGGAUACAAUGGAAUCCUGGUUGGCCUCCUGAUGGCUGUUUUUUCAAAUGCAGGUGAUUGGUACUGGUGGCUUCUGUUUCCGAAUAUCUUCCUGUCCUUUACUUGCCCAAUUGUCUCCAGCGCAUUGGCCUCAAUAAACAGCAGAUGGGAUUUGCCAGUGUUCACUCUGCCAUUUAACAUCUUAGUGUGCCUUCACAUGGUGGCCACUGGACACUACAACCACCACUUUCCUCAGGUCCUGAUUCAGCCUCGUACCUCUCUACCCAACAUCACCUGGUCCGAACUGGACGUGGCACUGCUCUUCCGCUCCAUCCCUGUAGGCAUUGGGCAGGUAUACGGGUGUGACAACGCCUGGACGGGGGGAAUAUUCAUCAUAUCAUUGUUCAUCUCCUCCCCAAUCACAUGUCUGCAUGCAGUCAUUGGUUCUACUGUUGGCAUGGUGUCUGGUCUUGCCUUAGCUGCACCAUUUGGGAGCAUCUAUUUUGGAUUAUGGGGCUAUAACUGUGUUUUGGCUUGCAUUGCAAUUGGUGGCAUGUUUUAUGCACUCACAUGGCAGACCCAUCUCCUAGCUGUGGCCUGUGCGUUCUUCUGUGCGUAUCUGAGUUCUGCCAUUUCAAACGUGAUGUCUACUUUUGGACUUCCCGCCUGCACUUGGCCUUUCUGCCUGUCUGCUCUCACCUUCCUGUUGAUAACCACAGAAACCAAUACCAUUUUUAAACUGCCUCUUGCCAAAGUAACCUACCCUGAGAAAAACCUCAUUUACUUUUGGAAAAUGAGAAAAGAGGAGCGGGCUGAAAAACUGAAGGACGCGCAAGAGGAGGCUCAGGUCAAAGAGAAAGAAGAACAGAUGAAGAGAGAGGAGGAGGAGUUCAAAGUCACGAUGGAAGAGAAAGAGCAGGAAGAAUGCACGGUAAACAUGAACGUAGACGUAAACAUAAACACGGAGGAAAACAGGAAUGAGGAGAACACGUCGGAAGAGACGAACCCCAGCGAUAGCAGCGCAGAGAUCACCCAAGUGACGCAAGCAUAA